CAGGCACCGGCAUCCCGGGGACCCGCGGCACCAACAUCGCGGGGCGCGGCGAGGACCUUAAGAUCGGUAACACAGGGACCGGGGCAGCUGCAUCCCGGGGACACGGGCUACCAGCACCCCCGGGCAUUGCAGGGGUCACCACCGUGGGGAGCGUCGGGGAGCCGGGGCACCGGCAUCCCGGGUGAGARGGCAGCCGGAGCAGCGGCAUGCAGGGACGAGCGGGGAAGCGAGGCACCGACAUCCCGGGGUGAGCAGGGAGCCGCCGAGCCAGCACCCAUACCCCGGGGUGCUGCCGGGUGCCGAGGCGCAGGGACACUCCUCCCCGUCCCUCUGCGGGCGGGUGUAGGGGAGUCCYUCGCCCGGAGCUCGCCUCCCCCGGGGGCUGCAUUCCCCCUCCCCGGGGAAGGGAGCGCGGAGGUCCCUGUGGAGAGCUGUGCACGCACAGCGUGAGACCCGGGAGCAGAGACUGGCACAGGGCAGGGAUCAUCCGCAGCCGCGCUGGGCUGUCGGUAAUCGCCCUCUCCUGUAGAUAGCCGAGUUGUUGGUGAUCACCCCCUCCUGCACCCCGAGGCGAGCAGGGAGUACCCCGUCAAUCCGUCUCCAGCUCUGGGCAUUUUGGUGGCCUCUCAGCGUGCAGCAGCAGCUCCUGCUCUGCCUGCAGGGAGCAGCCGAUAGUGGGAAUUCCCGUUCCAUUCUCCCCUCUGCCUGCCCAAGGCAGGGUUGGUCCUGAGCAUCUUCAGGCCGAUGAACACAGGGACGCUCAGCCGYGGGGAUGGGGCUCUGCAGGGGCAAUUUUGGAUGACCAGAAAGCAGACGUGUCCCCGGUCCUGUCCCAGCCUAUGGAGACACCACGCUAAAGGAGCUGGGAGGUCACCCAGCCCCACUGCMCCCCUCAGGUGCUCAGCGUGGGACCCCCAGUCCUACCCGAGCCCCAUGGAUAUCCCGCACAGGAUCUCCCCAGCGGUUUGCAGCCGCCACCCCCGCACACCUGGGACGUGCGCGGUCACAAGCCCCGGGUGACGGGGCAUUUAGGUCUAGGCUACCGGCAAAGGAUAAGAGAUUCCUCCUCCUCUACGCAUUUCUAAUGGCUCCUUUGAGACAAGCGACACGACUCCCUGCUGGGAAGCCUCGCUGAGCUGUGGAACCCGCUCCUGCUCUGCUGAUCAUGGUCAACAAGACCUUAAACUACUGGGGUCCCAGUUUUGAGGAGGACGUUAUCAACAUCAACGUGGGCGGUCUGAGGAGGAGGCUCAGCUCCAGCGCCCUCUCCAAGUUCCCCGACACGCGCCUGGGACGGCUGCUCUCCUGCGACUCGGAGGAGUCCAUCCUGCAGCUCUGCGAUGACUACGACGUGAGCGCCAGGGAGUUCUACUUCGACAGAAACCCUGGCUUCUUCCUCUAUGUCCUCCACUUCUACCAGACGGGGAAGCUGCACGUCAUGGAGGAGCUGUGCGUCUUCUCCUUCUGCCAGGAGAUCGAGUACUGGGGCAUCAACGAGUUCUUCCUGGACUCCUGCUGCAGCUACCGCUACCACGAGCGCAAGYUGGAGAGCCGGCACCACAACUGGGAUGAGGAGAGCGAGGUGAGCAGUGUGGAUACAUCCCCUGAUGAGAUCUCUGACAUCAACCACGACCUGCUGCGCUACAGCACCCUGCGCUGCGGCAACGUGCGCAAGCGGCUCUGGCUCACCAUGGAGAACCCCGGCUACUCCAUCCCCAGCAAACUCUUCAGCUUCGUGUCCAUCAGCGUGGUGCUGGUGUCCAUAGCCACCAUGUGCAUCCACAGCAUGCCYGAGUACCAGGAGGUGGAUGAGAACGGCAACGUGCUCGACGAGCCCAUCCUGCACAAGCUGGAGUAUUUCUGCAUCUCCUGGUUCACCUUCGAAGUGUCUUCCCGCCUCCUGCUCUCGCCCAACCCCAGGAAGUUCUUCAAGCACCCUCUGAACCUGAUUGACAUUGUCUCGGUGCUGCCCUUCUACUUCACCCUCCUGGUGGACGUGACCGUGGGCAGUGACUCGGAGCUGGGCAACCUGGGCAAGGUGGUGCAGGUGUUCCGGCUCAUGAGGAUAUUCCGGGUGCUGAAGCUGGCUCGGCACUCCACGGGACUGAGGUCGCUGGGGGCCACCUUGAAGCACAGCUACMGGGAGGUGGGGAUCCUGCUGCUCUACCUGGCCGUGGGGGUCUCUGUCUUCUCCGGAGUGGCCUACACUGCCGAGAAGGAGGAAGACGUGGGCUUCGACACCAUCCCGGCGUGCUGGUGGUGGGGCACGGUCAGCAUGACCACCGUGGGCUACGGCGACGUGGUGCCCGUCACCGUGGCGGGCAAGCUGGCGGCCUCGGGCUGCAUCCUGGGGGGCAUCCUGGUGGUGGCACUGCCCAUCACCAUCAUCUUCAACAAGUUCUCCCACUUCUACCGCAAGCAGAAGGCGCUGGAGGCGGCGGUCAGGAACAGCGGCAAGCAGGAGCCCGAGGAGGUGGCGAGCAUCUCCAGCCGCGACCGAGACUUGGAGGCUCUGAGCGAGACCUCCCUGGACAGGGGCAGCCCCGACCGCCGUGGGCUGACCCCUGGUGCCCACCCCAGCCCCUGACUCCCAUCUGGGGCACAUGGGACCUGCCUGCUCAUGGGGAGCAUGGCACCGGGACACGGCAGCAUCGCCCCUGCCCUGUGCAGAACAGGAGGGGCUGGAGAUGCCCAGUGGGUGCUGGCUGCUUCCAGACCCUGAGUCUGCCUGGAUGUGUCUCAGCCUUCACCCUGYUCACCCGUGGCUGUGAAGGGAGGCUGUGGUGCUGGAUGUACCCCUGCCAGAACGGGAGGCAGAAAAUAAGAAAUACAAGUGACCCCUGAUCAGGCACCACCCCAGCUUUAUGGAGAGGGAUUUUCCUCUGCCCUGAGGUUUUGUGUUUUGUGGGGUGAGGUUAAAUCGCCCAAGGUGGAGCAGCCCUCAACCAGGCUGGCAGCCUUACAGGUCCUGUGCCAGGUGGACAACAACUCCAGCCCCAGCCUUGUCCUACCCCAGCUGGAAACAUCCUCAAAAGGCUCAACUGCCCGCCCAGCCAUAAAGGAAAAGGGCUUGGGAAUGAUUCUGUAUGGGAGGAGAGGUAGUGUCCAGCUCAGUCUGAGCCUCAUGGUCCCCAGCCCCUGCAGUGGGAUUGAUUGGACCUUCCCUUUUUUCCAUUGCAGCAGGAUUUACCCACUCUGCUGCGGUGCCACUGCUGGAGACCCCAGGUUUGGGUCUGGGGCUGUGCUGGGCGUGUGGCACAGCUGGGAACACCAUCCACAGGGGGAGGGACAGCAGCCAGGGAUGAGCAGGCAGGAGGAACACUGUCCUYUGAGGCAGGAGCAGCCAGGGGGGAACACGCUGGGGAAACUGAGGAGCCAAUCCCAGUGGGGCUCCCUGCCAGUCCUGGUCCCCCUCGACACAGCCCCAGCCUGGCUAAAUCCUGCCUCUUCCCUCCCUGUCCCAGGGCCAGGCAGAGCUGUCAGGAGGGGGUCACACUGGCCCAGGUGUCCCCACGAGUGUCACUGCACUCACCUUCCCUCUGCAGGGAGAGACCUGGCACAGAGGGGACCUUGCACUGCUCCGUGUCACCACAGCCUCUGAGCACCUCACAGCUGGGCAGGGAGGUCAGCCUGGAACACCAACCCCCUUGCUGCCUGCACCCMCAGCCCACCUGAGCACUCUGGGGCUGCUCCCAGCACAGCAUUAACUCCCCACAGAGCUUUUCCUUGCCCCUCACCCCCCAUUCUCUGUUUGGAAAUUGUGCAGCUCCAUUGCACACAGAGRAGUGCACCCAGCAAUGCCUGUUCCAAGCAGGAGAAACGUGCAUCCUGCAGUCCCCAAAMCACCUCAGACACAUGCUGAUGGCUGCAGGGUGGCCCCAGGCACUCAAAUCGUGGGGGUGGCUGUUGGUUUUCCUGCUGGGGUUCAGCACAGCCGCAGUUGCUGGUGCUGGCUCUGCCUGUAGCGAUCUGCUGGUCACGGGCAAGAAGAGCCAAACCAACACCAGUGCAGGUCCAGCCUUUCUGAAUCCCAGUGGGACUCAGGGAGGGUAACCAAGGAACAGCAGUGUGGGAUGGGAGGGUGCUCACGCUUCUGGCAUCAUCAAGUCUUCCAGUACUGACGGUUCAUGGUCCGCUCYGCGCUUAUCCCUGCUGGGAGCUGGGACUGGAGAGCAGCACCCUCUGCUCCAGCCAGCUCCUGCUGCACUGUUACUUGAAUAAAGGAAGGAGUUUCCCCUUCUCAAGAUAAAUAUUCCGGUAGCAAAWUGUAUUCAAAUGUGAAGAGUAAAUUACAUCUAUUAAUGAAAAAGCAUUAUGCAAAUAAUUAGGAGCAUGUAAAUUAAUUUUCUAUCUAUGCAUGGGAUGCAUACUGUAUAUUUUAUUAAAGAACUCAGUG